GAAAGAAUGAAACACAACACACCAUCAUCAUCAUCGUCAUCAUCAGAAGUAAACAAACCCACGGGACAGAGGAAUUUAAAGUGUCGGGGGCGAGUUUUCAGCCAUUUCCUCCGUGUUUUAAGCCUUGGCACACACUUUCCUGGGUCUUAAUUAAAGGCUGAAACACCACAAUGAUCCGCCAAGUGAUUCUUCCGCUGCUGAGACAUAGAGGCACAACGGCUGUGAGACUGGGAAGGAUGAUAUCACCACCACCACCACCACCACUACCACCAAUCCACCACAACCACCACAAUUUCUCCACCACCACCCAAAUAGAGGAGGAGAAGAGCAGAGAAGGAGAAGGAGAGGAAGAGGAAAAAACUCAACCCAACAACCUCACCAGAAACAGAAUAGAGAAAGAAAUAGAUGAAGAAGAAUUAGAGGAAAGGAAAAAUCGCAUCAACCAAAAAGCGGAGGAAGAGGAAAACGAGGAAAGGAGGAAAACGGGAGACAACUCAACCGAACCCAAGACAGAAGAAGACAGAAAAAACACCAAAGAAGAAGAAGAAAAAAACGAAGAAGAAUUUGAAGAAAGGAAAAAUCGCAUCAACCAAAAAGCGGAAGAAGAGAAAAAUGCGGAAGGGAGGAAAACGGAAGACAACUCAACCAAACCCAACACAAAAGAAGACAGAAAAAACACCAAAGAAGAAAAACAACCUAACCUCACCACCACCACCACCGCAACCACCACCACACCCAUAUACGACCCCACCACAUACACCCUCCCCUUCAACCCAGUCCAGAGCGCGUCAAUCUUAGCCACACUCAACACCGCGACCCCACACCAGUUGGCAGCCUUGGGGGUGGCAAAGGGACUGGCGGCCAAGGUUCUGAGACACAGGGAGAGGUUUGGGGUGCUCGGAAACCUCUCGGAAAUCCUGGAAAUUGAUGGAAUUGGGAUUAAGUCCGCCGAGAGAUUAUGUGGAAGAUUACUGAAAGAGGAGGAAGGAGGAGGAGGAGGAGGAGGAGGAAGUGAUUAUAGUGAAGAAGGAAGAAUAUUACCAUUAUCAUCUUCCUCCUCCUCUUCUUCCUCUGCUUCCUCCUCCUCCUCCUCCUCCCUCCCCCCCUACACACCUGACCUGACCUCCCUCGUUAAUCACAGAAGACUCGUUAAGCCCAGGUUGAGCGACGCUGCCAUCAAGAGUGUCAACAGUUUCAUCGCACUCCACGUCACAGCUGGCUUCCUGGCGUGGGUGUGGUGUGAGUAUGAUGGAAGGGUGCGAGACCUGGCCACAUACCCGCUCCUGACGCCAAAUACCCGCUUUGAUGCACUGAGGAUUUACCAGAAGUUGGCCAGCAUAGUGAGGGCCAUGCCACCAACUGACCUCUAUGUGUGGGAGGAACGGGCAAGUCACAGCCAGCUUGCCAAGGCCCCAGUGUCGACGGUGAUGGUGGCUCUGCAGCUGGCACAGAUUCGAGGGAUGCUGACGGCUCUUCUGGGGGGCCGAGGGGGGCCUGUGGUGGGGGGGAGCCGGAGGAGGAGGGGAGGCGAGGAGGAGGAGGAAGAGGAAGAGGAGGAGGAGGAGGAGGAGGGCCGACUUCUCUUUCUCAAGGAUAGUUUGGUGCCGAAGCUCUUUAGACUGAAGAUGGGCAGCGAUCGACUCUCUGGACUUGGAACCGCGGACCAACUCAUGGGAGGCCAGGCGCUUGUCACGGGGCAGCCAGGCAGGGCGGGGCUGGAGUGGCUCGCCCCGCCGUGCCCCGUGGAGGAGGCGGCGGAGGAGUACUUCAGCGCCCCGGUGGCGGAGAGGCGAUAUGUUGGGGCAGCGGUUCUGGUGGCGGCUGCGUUUAGCGAGGUGGUAUUGAAGAGGAACCCAGCCGCCCUUAUGAAGCUGGCCCAGUGAGGAGGAGGAGGAGGAGGAGGAGGAAGAGGAGGAGGUGUAAAGAGAGAAUGGAGAUGGAAAUAUAGAAAGAGGAGGAGGAGGAGGAGGAGGAGGAGGAGGAGGAAGA